ACAAUACAAUACUAAAAUAUUUUAAAUGUCGUAAAGCGCAAUUGCGCAUAAUAUUUAUCGAAUAAAGAGAAUAUAGAAAACGUAUUGCGUUGAAACCCAUCAUAGUUGUAAUGAUACCAGCGCGCAAAAAGUAAUUACUAAUCCUUUCGAUCCCUUUCCUUUUCUUUCGUCGUUUCUGUUGGUGUCGAACGUAUCCGUGUAAUCAUAUUCGAGAUUUAUCUUUGUCCUAAUGAUAAAGUACGCGUCGGGUGUGCCGUAUAAAAUAACGCGCGAUAAUAAUAAUCGGAUUUUCGCGAGUGAAUUGUUCCAUGCUGAGAGGAGGAGGAGGCUCAGGAGGACGAGCAUCGGGCAUCGGCGGAGCAACUUUAAGAUCAACUUUGCAGAUCAACAAAAGAACUCCGCUGCUGCGCAUCGUACCGGACGAGAAAAUGACUUCACUUCAGACGGCGAGGAGUGCGGCGGUGGAGGAGGGGUUGGCGAGGAAGCUGUGGAUCUCACUGCGACGAGGUCGCAUCAGAGCGACGCGGACGAUAAGGACGCCGACGAUCCUCUGGAAGAGGACGAAGAAGAAGGUGUCGACGAGCAAGACGAACAGGACGACGACGAGGAAGGCUCGCGCAAGCAGAUCCGUCACCAACAAGACGCGGAGAACAACAAUGACUUUCCGCCCCCCGCCAUAUUUCCGCCCGCGGGAACUAGUCAUGUCACUUUGGAAGCACUUCAGAAUACAAAGGUAGCGGUUGCCCAAUUCGCUGCUACAGCGCUGGCCGGCGGGGCCGAUAGCGAAGCAGCCUUGCAAGAUCUGGCUCUUUUGCAAAGCACGCUGUGCACUCUGCAGAAUCAACAAGUGUUCCAAUUGCAGUUGAUCAAUCACCUUCAGCAGCAAUUGUCUAUCACUCACGGCCAACCGGUGGCUCAGGCAUCGGCGACGGAGUCGGUGGACAGCAAGGAAGCCUCAUCAUCUCCCAUCAUUCAUCCGAAACCUCUAUCGACUCUCACAUCACCUCCUACUUCCCGACCGCCGAGUAACCAUCAACAAACAUCACCGGCGCCGCUCACGCCGAAUCUACUUCAGGAACGGCCAACCUCGACGAGCAGCGCCUCUCCGUUGAAUCUACCCCUGUCGUCGUCCGUCGCCACAUCGACGACAGCAACGACCACCAGCAAUCAGAUCCAGCUGUCGCAUCAAAUGCCACCGCUGUGCUCGAUAAGCUCCUCCUUCGCCUCGUCGAUCAUAAACCCAGAGCCGCCACCGCUGCAUGAGCCAAAUACUCUGGAGAUGCUGCAAAAGCGCGCUCAGGAGGUGCUGGACAACGCGAGUCAAGGUCUACUGGCUAACAAUUUGGCCGACGAGCUCGCGUUCAGAGGCAGCAAGGGCUCGCGACUCUCUCCUUACGAUUCGAAAUCGAGCGGCGGCCGCGGGGAACCGUUCUUCAAGCAUCGCUGCCGUUUCUGCGGAAAGGUCUUUGGCAGUGACUCGGCGCUACAGAUCCACAUACGAUCCCACACAGGUGAGCGACCCUUUAAGUGCAACGUCUGCGGCAGCCGAUUCACCACCAAGGGCAACCUGAAGGUCCACUUCCAGAGGCAUACAGCCAAGUUUCCGCACGUAAAGAUGAAUCCGAAUCCCGUUCCAGAACAUCUUGACAAAUACCACCCACCCCUCUUGCAGCAAAUCGCUUCCGGGCAAAGGCCAAUGCCGUCCCCGCCGCCGCCGCCGCCGCCUUCUCAUCACCCCUCGUUUCAUCCGGCGGCAACGCACAGUUUCCUAUCGCCUCAGCCGCCCUUGCCACUGAGCCUCACCCUGCCCGGUAUGCCGCCCCUUUACCGAGCCCCGAUUAUUAAUCACCGAGACGAUCAGGACGUGCCGGAAAACCUUAGUAAACCCGUAACCGUCACCCCGUCGACGUCACCCCACUCCCCCGCCGCCAUGUCGAACUCUCGUCAUUCCUUUCACGACAAUCAACAACAGCAACCGAAGCAACAGCAGAAGCAGCAGCUUGAGCAGAAGGAGGAGAUCAAACUCGAACAGAGAUCGCCCGGUCAGGAGCAGUAUCAGCCGCGAUUGCCAAGCCAGGAGGACGCUGAGAGUAUAACGCCGAAGAGAGAACCCGAAGAGACGGAAGAGCCUGUCGAAGAGGACGGAGAGGACUUCGAGGAUACGACCAGACGAUAUCUCAACUCGCCGCAGUUGUCGGUGAAUCCGCCGUCUCAUCCGCAAACGUACGAGGAUUGUAGCAUGGACAGCAAGAUCAGCGGACGUUUGGAGGGCGACGGAGAGAUGGAAGUCGACGAAGAAACGGAGGAGCAGCCGGAGAAUCUCUCUGGCAGAGGCACGAUCGGUCGCUUGCCGCAACAGAUCGUCGCGUAUCCGGGUGCGUCUCCGGCUAGUAGUAGCGCGAGUAGCGGCAGCCUUCAGACGUCCUUCGCAGGAAUUCUGUUUGCCGGCGGGCCGACGCAUCAUCAAAUACCUCAUCUUCCCGUUUCGACCGCCGGACCGACACUUCCGACCAUUUCCACGAGCGAAAUGAUCGAUCCGGCGAAGGAUCCGGCCAUUUACUCGAGCCUCCUCCCGCGACCGGGCAGCAACGACAAUUCCUGGGAGAGUCUGAUCGAGAUAACGAAAACCUCCGAGACGUCGAAGCUGCAGCAACUAGUCGAUAAUAUCGAACACAAGCUGAGCGAUCCGAAUCAAUGUAUUGUUUGUCACAGAGUGCUCUCUUGUAAGAGCGCGCUGCUCAUGCAUUAUCGCACGCACACGGGAGAGCGGCCGUUCAAGUGUAAGAUAUGCGGUCGCGCUUUCACCACGAAGGGCAAUCUGAAGACUCACAUGGGCGUCCAUAGGGCGAAACCGCCGCUGAGGGUGCUGCACCAAUGCCCCGUGUGUCACAAGAAGUUCACGAACGCCCUUGUGCUCCAGCAACACAUACGCCUGCACACCGGAGAACCCACCGAUCUCAGUCCGGAGCAGAUUCAAGCGGCGGAAGUGAACGAGUUCCCGGGCAGUUACCCCCCGCAUCCACUGGCGUCUUUCCUCCCGCAAGGAUUCGCGCCGAUGCAUGCGGCAAGUGCGGGCUUCCCCUUAUUCCCCCCCUCCAGGCAGCCGACUAUCGAGCAACAAUCGCAGGAGAACGACGAGAUGAAGGAGGAGCCUCAGCAGCAGAGACAGAGAUUUAUGGAAGAGCAUAGCGAAGAGCUGGACGAUCAGGAGGACGAGGAGCAAGAUCGCAGGGACGAUGACGAGAGAUGCGAGAUGAAUCGCGACAGGCGUAGCGCCGAGGUCGACGAUGACCAGGAUCACGAGAGCGAGGAGCUCCUCGAGCACAAGGAUGCGACGACGCUGCCGGCGAUGUUCUCGACAUCGCUGGCGGCCCUCGAGAAUCAAGUGAGAACCAUCACAACCACGGCUGCGACCACGGUCGCCAACGCGGCCAGGUCGCCGUCGUUUCACCGGUACAAUGGUAGCGAGAAGAGCAACAGUCCGCCGACCUCCGGCGCGCCGCUCGACCUGACACCCCGCGCGUCGUCCACGCCGGCGUCGGUGGCGUCGGCGUCGCCGACUCCGCCGCCGCAGACGACCGCGCCGCACCAUCCGCCGCACGUUCCAUUCGGCAUGUUCGCCGGGCUGCUGCAAGCGGUCUCGUCCGCGCCUACCACCAGUACGAUAGGUUCGUCGAGUAUAAACUGCAUCACCUCGAUGAGCGCCGUCACUCCGGGAAGCGGGCCUGCCAGCGGCCCACUAGCCUCGUUAACCACCUCGGCUGUACUAGCGGCUUCAUCGACCUACAAUCCGCUCGGCCUAGCUGUCGGAGGGCCAGCAGUACGUGGAAACACCACAUGUAAAUUCUGCUACAAGACGUUUGCGUGCCAAUCCGCGUUGGAGAUUCAUUACCGGAGUCACACGAAGGAGCGACCUUUCAAAUGCACCAUAUGCGACCGAGGUUUUUCCACAAAGAGUGACGAUACCAGUCAACAAGUAUGCUCCUGUGCGGACCAAUCCUUCGCCGCGAAGGAUCCGAUCCCCCCACAACCCAAUUCCCAAUAUCGCUCGUACCCGGCGAGACCGGCCGCCGGAAAUAGUGAAAAACCAAAACGCAGGCGGCGGCGGCCUGAGGAACGGAAGAACCGGGGGCGGACAGGAACAGGAGGGGGGCGAAGGCUGACGUCUGUUUAUCCUGCCGUCCGCCUGCCCCCGCUGAUGCCACCCGCCCUCGGACUUCUACCCUCGGACCACGUCUUCCUGGAACCGCCGUUACUUACUCGAUUAAGUACAAAAGAACGUUUUGAUGCGCAGGGCAAUAUGAAGCAGCAUAUGCUGACUCACAAGAUUCGCGAUAUGCCGCCACAUCUGUUCAGCGAUGCCAAGCAUCAGCCGCAGACCCAGCAGCAGCCGCAACAGCAGCCGCAGCAGCAGCAACAAGGACCUCAGGAUCACGAAACUUCGAGGAGCCCGAUGUGCACCGACGACUCGAGCCUACCGCCCCCACCCCCCUCCCCGCCGCCCCCGCCGAUGCCACCGACGUCUAUCGAGUCCGCGAUACCGGUCAAGAGGUCACCGCCGGAAGGAGAUCUGCCGGCGCCGAAGAGACCACCCAGCGUGCCGAGCAAACAUUUGUGCCAGAUUUGCAAUAAGAAUUUCUCCUCGUCCUCGGCGCUGCAGAUCCAUAUGAGAACCCACACUGGCGACAAACCGUUCCGAUGCACCGUCUGCCAGAAGGCGUUCACCACCAAAGGCAAUCUCAAGGUGCACAUGGGCACUCAUAUGUUCACCAACGGUACAUCGCGCCGCGGCCGACGGAUGUCAUUGGAUCUACCUCCCCUGCCAAUCACCCCCAAGGACUCGGAGUUUCUGCAACGACGACCGGACCUCUUUUACCCGUAUCUUCCCGCGCCAUUCCUUAACGGCGUCCAGCAGAAGCUGAACGAGAUUUCGGUGAUUCAAAGUAACAAUGGAUUGCCGCCUCAUUCCCUGGGCGCGGGCAAGUACGCGGCGAGCCUGUUCGGCUCGGUGUACGGGGCCGGCGGCGGGGGUUUCCCCCUGGACAAACAACCUAUGGCGCCGACUAGCAACGGACCUCUGGUGGACGGCAAGUCCGCGAUACCGUCGGGAUCUAUGCUCUUCCAGCCGCCGUCGCCCUCGCACUCACCCGGCACGCCGUCGUCGAACAGCGGCAACCAAAACUCCGCCAGCGUGCCCACCUGGACCAGCGAGGCGCUGCAGCAUCACUUCGACCGGGAAACACCGAGCAGAACCGAGAACGACGCCACGCCGCCGACCGCGCGGCUACCCCCUCCGCCGGCGAGGGGAGAGGGAUUAGCCGCGUGAAGCUUGAAUACAUAUCUCACCACCUAGCUGCGAAGGGCACGAUUGUUCGCUGACGACGGCUGGACCUCCGCCGAGCAAGAGGCUGAUCAUUGAUACGCGACUCGCAAGGGAGUUCUUCAGACUGAAUAAUUUAGCGUCACAAGGAAGAAACGCGGCCGGUGAAAUAGUAUACAUGGCUAUGCAGCGCACCAUGUGCGGUUUCCACCCAGUAUCUCCGUCCAGAUUGACGAGGAUUUCCCGUCGAUUCCGUAGCAAUCCGAGCGAUUCGCGGGAAAUACUCUUGUUAAAAAGUGAGAACAGGAGUUUUCUCGUUCGUGCGACGCGCGACGACAAACCGCGUUUGGAGGAGAUGUUAACGCCGCGAUUUCUUUUCUGUGCUGCUUCCGCGCAUUUCAAGGGAAAGGACAAUCUUCGGGCUGAACGGUUACCAGCGACGAUCGCCUAAUCUCUCGUAUCGGGAGUGCGCGAUCGGAGCGAUCGUCGUGAUGAUCGAACGAUUAGCAUUAGCUCGUUAGCGAUCGAGUUACUUGGCAUUUCUCCACGUACGCGUGACAUAUCCCUAUUUCUCUAUCCUUCUUCCCGCCCCCCCCCCUCCCUUUUCCCGUGCCUUCAUCCCUUUCCCGAUCGUCUCACAGUGGUCUCAAUGCCUGCAAACGAAGAUACCAUGUUCCUAUUAUCGCGCUAGUCUUAAUGCGUAAACGGGGAUCGGUGGACGAGUUCGAUCGAUCCGUCGACGGCUUCCGAGUAGGCUAGAACACCGAGAAAAUUUCGACCUCGAUUCGGAAACUCCCGAUACGCGGGGCUCGAUCGCGCCGCCCUUAUUGUUUAUUCAAGCCGAGACUUCGUUGCUGUCCGAAGUCUGAUGCGGGCCAACGAAGAGACGCUCCGAUCAAACAUUGGUCUCGCGCGUGAUGUACGCGCGCGAUCGAGCCUCGCAAUAAAUGUAUGUAUGUAUACACGUAACGUAUGUGUGUUUGCAAUGUCGAAUCUUUCACAUCGGGAUUCCGCGGGGGAUUUCUGUGCUAGGCGCGGCGCCUAGACUGAGCUCGGCUUGCGUGCGGAAGGCGAGCGUAGCGCAUUGAAGCCACAAAACGCGUGGCGUCGCGUCCUAAACGGGGUGUCUCCGAGACAUUUCGACCGUCCAUUCGUGACAGUGGUGGUCACCUCUCCAGGUCUAAGGCGCCACGUUAAAUGUACAUAUAAUAACAUAUAAAUAUAUCUAUAUAUAUAAAUAUACAUACAAAAAGUAUAUAUAUAUAUUAUAAAUAUAUAAAUAAACGGGAUUUAAAUAUAUGUAUGUAUAUGUAUAUAUAUGUAUAUAUGUGUAUAUAUAUGAUCAAAUAUAUAUAUGUAUAUACAUAUAUAUAUAUAUGUAUGUAUAUAUCUACGUAAGAUAUUGAUGUGCAGGGCGUGAAUUGUGCGAGUUAUAUACACGUGUGAUAUGUGUCGCUUGUUCGUGAGUCAACGGCGGAGAAAUUGGAAGCAAAUGAGAAAUGCAAGAACGAUAAAGGCAUAGGUGUAAUUUAAGAAGCGGGCCCGGCAGCGCCCCUCGCUGUGAUAUGAGAGGAGCAGCCUGCAAUCACUAAACCAAUGUACUUAUAUCUUGUAUCAUAGUACUAUAUGAUAAUGAUAAUAAAUCUAUUAUCGUUUACACGCAUGGAUGGACGUAUGCAGGAGGUAUAACAUGCGAUGUGUUGCGAAUGUCUGCGAGCGCUUCAAACCCGUGACUAAUUAACAACACUCAGUACUCUCUAUUACUAAUUAGACGUCCAUUCUUCAUGUACGUCAUCGGCGAUGUUUGCGUUGUCGUUGUAAAUAAUUGUACCGUACAUCGCCCGUAAUUUACAUCGAUUAAUAUAACGUUAAUCAUUUUUCUUUGUGAGGAACGAAAGAAAUCGCAAUUGGUCGCGGCGUUAGACGCUUUCUAAAAUUUACAAAAACUUUUAAAAAGUCAAUUGUUUUUAAUUUUAUCCUUCAAUUUUGCCAAUAAUUUGAGAGAAAGAUUUAUUAAUUUAUAUAAAUAUGAGAGAGACUAUCAUUGGCUAUGUUUUAAUAUAUUUUUUUAAAUGUGAACAUAAUUAUAUUAUAACGUUAAUUAUGUUUUAGUUAUAAUUUAUAGAAAAAUAUAAUUAUUAAACUUUUAUCUGUGAUUUUUUAGUAGAUACGUCAUGUCUAUGUAAGUAAAUAAUCAUACAAUUACUACGACAUUCGACAUAUUAAAAGAUAUGAUGUAUACGUGACGAACUGUUUUUUACAUUAUUAUAUAAUUGCGCAUAUUUAACUCUUUCAUCAAACGUCGACUUCAAAUAGCCAGUAGUAACUUGAUAUAAGCAUGAAUUAUUAUUCACCAUCCUCAUUGAUUAUACAUUAUCAAUCGAUUAUCGAACAAUCGAAGCAUCGCCAAUGAAACGUAUAUCAUACAUUUACAAUAUGUACUAAUUUAUGAUUUAUUUAUUAUUCAUCAUUUUCCGCAAAGUUCCGAUUCAGAGUACCUACUGUCUGUAUAGAUCUGUAUAGAUCUACCAUUGUAUCCGACAUGACCAUAAAGAAUGUAACUGUUUACAUAAGUAACGUUUAAUAAAUUGCAUGUAAA